AUGCAUUUGAGGAAAUCAAACGUUACUGAUUGGGCUGUUAGCGCGGUCCUGCUCCGCUCUUUGUCGCCCCGAGAGCAAAGACCCGUGUAUUUUAUCAGCAAAGCGCUCGUCGAUGCAGAAACAAGAUAUUCAAGGAUGGAACAAACUGCCCUGGCGUUGCACACGGCUGCUCAGAAGCUGCGUCCCUAUUUCCAAGCUCACCCUAUAACCGUGCUCACCAAUCAACCUCUCAGGAAUAUUCUACAUAAACCAGACAUAACAGGCAGAAUGCUACGAUGGGCAAUAGAGUUGAGUGAAUAUGGGAUAGGUUAUCAACCUAGAUUAUCCCUGAAGGGACAAGUCAUGGCAGACUUUAUAGCAGAAUUGCCUGAAGCGCGUGCCCCGGAUGAAGAAUCAACACCGGGUGAUUGGUGGUCUCUGUAUGUUGAUGGUGCUUCCCGCUCAUCCGGAUCAGGGGUUGGACUCCUCCUCAAAGCACCAAUCGGGAAGCGACUGGAGCAAUCCAUCCGUCUGGAUUUUCCCGCUUCAAACAAUGAGGCGGAAUAUGAGGCUAUCCUAUUCGGAUUGAACCUUGCAACCACUUUGAACGCCUCGAAAAUCAAAAUCCAUAGCAACUCCCAGCUUGUUGUGGGCCAAAUACUAAAAGAGUACGAAACCAAGGAUGAGCGCAUGGUCAAAUAUUCAUUGAGAGUACAAGAAUCACUCAGCCGGCUGGAAAAAUGGAUCAUUGAGAAAAUCCCAAGGGGCGAUAAUGUACAGGCUGACGCCUUGGCAGGGAUAGCUGCAUCAUUUCCCGUAAAAGAGUCAACAAUGCUACCGGUAUACGUUCAAACCACUCCCACCAUUGCUGAACCACACAUCUGCAAUAUAAGCCCAAAGGAAGAUGAUUGGGCGGUUGACAUCAGAAUCUACCUACAAACGGGGACAGUGCCUGAAAAUCCUAAGCAUGCACACAAAGUUCGGAUACAAGCAUCCCGCUUUACCCUGAUCGGAGGUGAUCUCUAUAGACGAUCCUUUGGAGGUCCGUACCUUAGAUGCUUGGUCCAGCCGGAAAUUCAGUAUGUCCUAUCCGAACUUCAUGAAGGCAUCUGCGGCAACCACUUAGGGAGUAGAACCCUAGCACAUCGGGUGCAUUCUCAAGGAUAUUAUUGGCCUACAAUGAGACAGGACACAGAGAUUCAUGUCAAGAAAUGCGACAAAUGCCAGAAAUAUGCACCAAUCCCACAUAUGCCUGCUGAGGCGUUAAACUCAGUAACAAGCCCCUGGCCUUUCGCACAAUGGGGGAUGGAUAUCAUGGGACCCUUUCCCACUGCACCAGCUCAAAAGAAGUUUCUGCUCGUUGCUACCGAUUAUUUCAGCAAAUGGGUAGAAGCUGAGGCCUAUGCAAGUAUUAAAGACAAGGACGUCAAAAGGUUCGUCUGGAAGAAUAUAGUGUGUCGGUUUGGAAUUCCUCAGGCAAUCGUUACCGACAACGACCCUCAAUUUGAUAGCUCUGUCUUUAAAGGUUUUUGCGUGGAACUUCACAUCAAGAAUCUGUACUCCACACCGCGAUACCCUCAAAGCAACGGUCAAGCGGAAGCAACCAAUAAAACCCUACUAAGUGCGUUGAAAAAACGGUUGGAAAAAGCCAAAGGAAAGUGGGUAGAAGAGCUACCCGGCGUCCUAUGGGCCUACCGUACCAUACCCGGAAGGCCAACAGGAAAUACCCCGUUUGCCCUUGCAUACGGAACAGAUGCUGUCAUCCCAAAUGAAGUGGGUAUGCCAACAGCCCGGACUGCUAUCCAAGGCCAAAGAAAUGAAGACGACGAGCUUGCAAGGCACUUGGAUUGGGCGGAUGAGGCUAGAGAAGCAGCAUCCAUCCGGAUGGUCGCAUAUCAACAAAAGGCGGCUGCGUACUACAACAGGAAGGUGCGACCUCGAAUUUUCAAGGAAGGUUCAUUAGUACUUAGAAAAGUUUUUGAAGAUACAGCUGAGAAAGGAGCCGGAAAACUUCAAGCCAAUUGGGAAGGUCCUUAUAUGGUGUCAAAAGCCAACGAAAACGGGUCAUAUCAUUUGCGAACCUUAAGUGGAGCCCUUCUACUUCGUCCUUGGAAUGCAGCUAACUUGAAGCAAUAUUAUCAAUGA